AUGUGUCAGACAGGUCCAGAGGGCAGAAGGGGUCAGGAUCGCUGGCAACUCAGGAGUGCCAUGUGUAGCAGGCGAGCCGAGUCAGUGGCCACGUUCAAGGGCAGCGAGUUCUUCAGCUACAACCUGUCUCAGACGCCCAUCCAGAGCAGCUCGGACGAUAUCACGCUAUCGUUCCGUACGGUCCAACGCAAUGGCCUGCUGCUGCACACCGGGAAAGGUGCCGAUUACGUCAACCUGUCACUGAAAAACGGCGCUGUCUGCCUUGUUAUCAACCUGGGCUCGGGUGCCUUUGAGGCCCUGGUGGAGCCAUCAGAUGGAAAGUUUAACGACAACGUCUGGCACGCCGUACGCAUCGCCCGCAACCUGCGCCAGGUCACUAUAUCUGUAGAUGGCUUGCUGACGACCACAGGCUACACCCAGGAGGACUACACCAUGCUGGGCUCAGAUGACUUCUUCUAUGUGGGAGGCAGUCCAAACACGGCCGACCUACCCGGCUCUCCGGUCAGCAACAACUUCAUGGGCUGCCUCAAAAACGUGGUCUAUACCAAUAACGAGUUCAGGCUGGAGCUCUCCCGGCUGGCUGAGUUGCGAGACCCCAAAGUGACCCUACACGGUGAACUGACUUUCCGCUGUGAGGAUGUGGCUGCCCUCGAUCCUAUCAGCUUCGACACAUCAGCUGCCUAUGUCAGCCUCCCUCACUGGAGUGGCAAGAAAACCGGAUCCAUCUCCUUCGACUUCCGCACCACAGAGCCCAGCGGCAUGCUGCUGUUCAGUCACGGGCACACGCAAGGGUCACGCGAGCACCGCCCCAGGGUUGACUUUUUUGCCAUGGAACUGCUGGACGGCUUCCUGUACCUCCUUAUGGACAUGGGAUCAGGCAGCGUUAAGCUAAAGGCCGGCAACAAGAAGGUGAAUGAUGGCGAGUGGUGUCAUGUGGACUUCCAGCGAGAGGGACGCAAAGGCUCCAUCUCGGUGAACGGCCGCAGCAUGCCCUUCUCCACCAACGAAGGCAGUGAGAUCCUUGACCUGGACGGUGAGAUGUACCUCGGCGGUCUCCCUGAGGAAAGCAAGACCCUUCCUCUGCCCCCCGAGGUCUGGACAGCAUCUCUGCGGUUGGGCUUCGUGGGCUGCAUGCGGGACAUGUUCGUGGACGGCCGGAGCCGGGACCUGCGGCGCCUGUCCGAGCUGCAGAGUGCCGCAGGCGUCAGUGUCUCCUGCACGCGCGAGACUCACCGGCGCUGCAGCACCGAGCCCUGUUCCCACGGCGGCCACUGCCAUGAAGGCUGGAACCGCCACGUAUGCGACUGCACCGGCACCGGAUACCUGGGGCCCAACUGUGAAACCGAGUCUACAGUGCUGAGUUAUGACGGCAGCAUGUUCCUGAAGGUGCUCAUGCCUCGCGUCAUGCACACGGAAGCAGAAGACGUCUCGCUACGCUUCAUGUCCCAGAGGGCUUACGGCCUGCUUAUGGCCACCACCUCCUCAGAGUCCGCCGACACCCUGCGCCUGGAGCUGGACGGGGGAAAAGUCAAACUGACCGUCAACUUAGAUUGUAUCGGGAUAGACUGUAACCUUAGUAAAGGACCGGAGACUCUCAAUGCAGGGCACAAGCUGAAUGACAACGAGUGGCACUCUGUGAAGGUGGUGCGCCGGGGCAAGAGCCUGCAGCUCUCUGUAGACAAUGUGACUGUAGAAGGCCAGAUGAGUGGAGCACACACUCAGCUGGAGUUCCACCACAUCGAGACUGGAAUCAUGACAGAGCGCCGCUUCAUCUCUGUCAUGCCCUCCAACUUUAUCGGGCACCUACAGGGCCUUUCGUUCAACGGCAUGCCCUUCCUGGACCAAUGCAAGAAUGGCGACAUAUCAUACUGCGAGCUGAACGCCCGGUUCGGCAUGCGUCGCAUUGUAGCCAAGCCGGUGAGCUUCAGGACCAGAAGCAGCUACCUGGCUCUGUCCACUUUGCAGGCCUACACCUCCAUGCAUCUGUUCUUCCAGUUUAAGACCACCAGCCCCGAUGGCCUGCUGCUUUUCAACUCCGGAGACGGCAGCGACUUCAUCGUGGUGGAGCUGGUCAAAGGGUACAUCCAUUACGUCUUCGACUUGGGCAACGGUCCAUCGCUCAUGAAGGGCAACUCCGACAAGCCUCUCAACGACAACCAGUGGCACAAUGUGGUGGUGUCUCGAGAUGACAGCAACGUGCACACGCUUAAGAUCGACUCCCGCACCGUCACCCAGCACUCCAACGGAGCUCGCAACCUAGACCUCAAAGGAGAGCUGUACAUUGGUGGCGUGGGGAAGAGUAUGUACAACAGUCUGCCUAAGCUGAUAGCAUCUCGAGACGGGUAUCAGGGCUGCCUGGCGUCUGUGGACCUCAACGGGAGGCUUCCGGACCUCAUCAGUGACGCCCUACAUAAAGUGGGCCAGGUGGAGAAAGGAUGUGACUCUGGCCCGGGCACUACCUGCUCAGAGGACUCGUGCUCACACCAGGGUGUGUGUCUCCAGCAGUGGGAGGGCUUCACCUGCGACUGCACCAUGACCACUUAUGGCGGGCCGCGCUGCAGUGACCCUGGGCUUGUGGCUCUGCAAGCAGAUCAGUGGCAGCAUCGCUUGUAUGCCACUGCUAUCUCUCUCCCGCUGCUGUCGAGAGAAGGAAGUCCGACACUUUCUCCGAUCAACGUGUGA